AUUUACGGGAGCACGCAGUCUGAUUUCAGUUGUGAAGACGUGUACUUUCCGAGCAGAUUAUCUUAUAGACAGUCAGUUUACUUCUUAUAUUACUGAAAAUACAUCCUAUAUUUCCUUCGCUUUGUUACGGGACAUUUGUUACCGCAAUGGCGACUGUGGAGGAGCUGAAGCUGCGCGUGAGGGAGCUGGAGAAUGAAUUAAUAAAGUGUAAGCAGAAACAGAGUGCCAUGGAUAAUGCUCACAACCAGGAGCAACACAGACCCAAGAUUGACAAGAUGAGUUCAGAAGUGGUGGAUUCAAACCCAUACAGUCGUCUGAUGGCUUUGAAGAGGAUGGGCAUCGUGAAGGAUUAUGAGAAAAUCCGGACCUUCACAGUGGCAGUGGUUGGUGUCGGGGGGGUGGGCAGUGUGACAGCUGAAAUGCUCACCAGAUGUGGCAUCGGUAAGCUGAUCCUCUUUGACUACGAUAAAGUGGAGCUGGCCAACAUGAACAGACUGUUCUUCCAGCCUCACCAGGCCGGCCUCAGUAAGGUGGAAGCAGCAGAACACACGCUCAGGAACAUCAACCCAGACGUGUCAUUCGAGACCCACAACUAUAAUAUCACCACAAUGGAUAAUUUUGCACAUUUCAUGGAGCGCAUCAGUUUUGGAGGGCUGGAAGAAGGGAAGCCGGUGGAUUUGAUCCUGAGCUGCGUGGACAACUUUGAGGCUAGAAUGGCGAUAAAUACAGCCUGUAAUGAACUGGGUCAGAUCUGGAUGGAGUCGGGGGUGAGUGAGAAUGCCGUGUCGGGACACAUCCAGCUCAUCAUCCCUGGAGAGACGGCGUGUUUCGCUUGCGCUCCUCCUCUGAUUGUGGCCACAAACAUCGAUGAGAAGACCCUAAAGAGAGAGGGUGUGUGUGCCGCCAGCUUACCCACAACCAUGGGUGUGGUCGCAGGCAUCCUGGUGCAAAAUGUCCUCAAGUAUCUGUUGAAGUUUGGAACUGUCAGUCAUUAUCUCGGCUACAACGCCAUGAAGGACUUCUUCCCCACCAUGGCCAUGAAAGCCAACCCUCAGUGUAACGACCGCUACUGCAGGAUACAACAGGAGGAGUACAAGAAGAAAGAAGCCGAGCGGCCUAAAGUUGAAGUUGUAGAAGAAGAAGAGGAGGAGAUCGUACACGAGGACAAUGACUGGGGCAUUGAAGUAGUGUCAGAGGUGACUGAUAUGGAGUUGGAGGCGGCAUCAGGCGUUGUGCCCGACCUCCCAGAAGGCAUCACUGUGGCGUACACCAUUCCAGCUGAGAAUACAGCCAGUGGGGAGACAGUGGGGGAGACUGAGCAGAGCCUAGAAGAGCUGAUGGCUCAGAUGAGAAAGCUGUGAGCAAAAAUCUGCGGAAACGUUUCUGUUAUUCUGAUACAACAUGCCUUUUUUCAUGUGUCUAUUCCUUUCUUUGUUUCUAAAACAAGCAUCCCAUGAAAACAGCAUUAAUGACUAACUAUGGAUCUAAUUCUUCUAACUGCUAAAGAACGGAACUGCAUGAAAGUGCUUCAAAUGACAUGAAGGGAGUCUUAAAUGUCGUUAAACCUAGGAUAAUAUCACAAUGUGUAUUUUCUACGGUUUUGAUGAAUGGAUGAGUGUCUCUACCUGUGAUGUCAUUCACUCAGCUUUAAGUAAAUCAACAUGUUUAGUCUCAAUAAAGUAUUUAUUAGAUGGAAUACAA